CAGACGCACGCUUCCUCGCACCCUUGGACCAUGCCGGGCCGAUUGAGCAACUGGAUCGUCCAGCCAGGACAGGCCAUUCCGGAGAAGACCAUGGAGGCCUUGGCUCGUUUGGAGGCAUCCACCUCCAGGACGACCUACAAUGAAGCCUUCAAACACCAUGGGCCACAGCCACCCAGGAGUAGCUCUGCUGGGCAUCUCAAGCAGGUGAGAAACAAGCAUCGGCGUCGCGACUAUGCAACCACAUAUUCGGAUGCCUUCCUCCACUUCGGGCGAGAGUCCUACCAAAAGUCUCAGGAGCUGAAGCCGCAACAAGUGGUCGCAUUGGGACCCGAAGAGCUGCGACAAGAGCAACGCAAGGCAGAUCGACAGGUCAACUACUGGGCCAUGAUCUGCAAGGCUCGUAGCAUGGAGGAGCAGAAUAAAGAUGGCUCUUACAUGCAGAAGGACUUCGGCCCCUUACAGGGCAACUUGCACGCCUUGGCCACGGUCUUGACGGGCGAGGGUGAGGCCAAGGCCACCUUUGCCGCCGGUGCCAAGUCUAACACCUGGAAGAGCGAGGCCAAGUCGAAUUAUACUCAAGAUCCCUUCUCAAACACCAGUGCGGAGAAGUACGAGCUGCCAGCCAAGUUAGUGGCCUUGGCCAAGUACAAGAAUGGCUGAAGCCGGCCACCCUAGCGGCGAGAAAGGUCAUCUUAGUAAGAUUUGAA